AUGAGGAUAAAUAUUGGAUGGCGGAGCGGUGGACUUGGAAGACACUUUGUAAGUACCACUCGUUUGAGCGACCCCAGUUACCGAUGAAUUGGAUGCAUUCCUAGGAGAGAGACCAAAGUGGAAGGUGGGCGACGAAUUAUUUAAAGCACAAAUUACCUACAGUUGAAGAAACACGGAAGAAUACUGAAGGCGAAGCUAGUGGCUACUCAUUAGCGGUGAAGUCAGAGGAACUAUACCAGAAGUUUAACACAAGAGGCCGAAGAAGAUAUGACGCAACGAUUCCCAGGGCUAUAGUGGCAGCAUCAAAGAGAAUGGAUCCUUUUGAUGAUUUAUGGGGGCUCGACACACCAGAUCCAGCUUACCAGGGAUACACAGAAGCUCUUAAACUUUCAGCUGCAGCUGUGUUGGGGACUCGGCCAAGUUCAAGACCAAAUAAGAGAAAGCGCACAGAACCAGGAUCUGAUAUCUUUGAUAACUGA